UCUGGCUGGGCUCCACUGCCCAAAAGAUUGACAACUCUCAGUUUUAUCAAACAAUUCCCCGGACAAGACGAUUAUUUCUGUACUAAACGAGUCGUGAGAGUAGAUCCCGGUCCAGUUCCCAAUACAAAAUUACCGCGCGCUGUAUUUUUCGCCGGUGGAUCGCGUAUCAAAAAUUAGAAAGGGGUGAUUCCCGCGAGAUGACGUCAUGUAUACAAUCAUUCACGGAGCUAUGACGUCGGCCUAUUAAAAUACUGAACUCAUAUUUAUGAAAAUGGCCGUGUAUGCGAAGUGUGGCAAUCAACGCUGCUACCAAGAACGAAAACAGCUGCGAAAGGAGCUUGAACGGGGCAGGAAAAACCUCAUAUCAUAUAUCGGCCUUGAGUGUGUAAUUGAAAGCGUUUUCGGGUCUGAAUUUGUGCAAAAAGUAUCUCCUUUCAAAGCUGCGCAAGAUGACACACACAGUCAUGAACCUUGCGACUGGCAGGGCGAGAAAGAGAACUGUGCCAUGUGCGCAGCCAGGCAAGAAAUAGUACAGGAAUCGAUAGCACGUCACGAGGCCUACAUUGAUACUCUUGAGGAGACGAAGGACAGUUCAAGACAUGUCACAUCUAAAGAAAGAGUUCUCAGAGCACAGCAAUGGCUUGCAGACUCGGUACCUUUAUCUGCAGUGCAGCCAGGAAAGAAGACAGAUCAACCCCUGGACCUGAGCAGGAAUGGCUUGGAAGAUGACUUUGAGACGCCAGAGGAAGCCAGGGAUGAGGACGGGGAAGAUAAAGACGAUGAAGGAUCGAUGCUCAAAGUGCCUGCCAUCAUGGUCCAAAGAUCCAAAACAAAGAGUACCCGUUCCUGUCGCAUCAACGGUUCAAGUACUUACACGCAGGAAGACCUCAAGCUCGCUCUGAAAGAGGUCAAGCUUGGUAAGAUCGGCACCCGUCGUGCAUCCGUUCUCUACGGUAUCCCAAGGUCCACCAUCCGAAACCAUCUGAAUCGCAGCAAGGCCAACAAGGCAAACGAGGAGACGGAGGAGGUGGCCCGCCCCACGGCUGUCGAGGAAGUGGAGAUGAAGAUCCCGAAGCGGCUGCCCUACAUCACUGAUCCAGUCAACAAACGUGUGAAGGUGGAGAGGAACCUGAUUCCUGAACCCAACCUAGCAUUUCCUUUUACAGCCUUGUUCCAGCAGUACCAGCAGCAGGGGAUCAACUACGAGGACUGCUCCACGGACGAAGUCGUCGGCAAGCUCAGGAAUUUCCUGCAGGGCAGGUCGGCCGGGGGAAGCGGCAAGCUGCCCAAGUUAGCAGGGUUUGACCACGGGCUUGACCAGGCCCUCGUGAGGGAGCUUGUGAUGACCUGCACGAAGGUUGGGUCUUUGGGAACCGAAGAGGAUAUGCAACGGAGAGAAAGCUACGUCAGAGACCUCGGGCAAGACAAGCUACCCAACCAGGUGUUCCAGCACCUUAUAGGACAUCUUCUAGAGACGGAGAAGGUGCAUUUGUUGAGCGGGAAGAAGGAUGUCCGGCAGCAUAUAGGUCUAUCAUCGGUCAUUCGCCAGCCUUCUUCACCCGAGCAGGACCAAGACGUGAAGGUGCCUUGCUUUAAACCCGUAGUGUGUGAUAUUGGUGGAGCCCAAGACAUGGACAAGAUGAUGCAGUACUGUGACAGCAGCAGCUCUAGCCACAGCAGUCCCACAAAGUCCUACUCGCCCUCCAGUAACAAUAACAACAACCAAGCCAGCCACUGUGCCUCCUAUGAUUCCAUGGUGCCUGCAUCAAGUAAGCGACCCAAGCGAGGGCGCUAUAGAUGCUAUGACCGUGACAGUCUCGUCCAAGCGGUAAAUGCUGUCCAGCGCGGUGAGAUGAGCGUCACCAGAGCUGGGAAUGUCUUUGGCGUUCCUCAUUCAACGCUGGAGUACAAGGUCAAGGAGAGGCAUCUGAAGAGGAUGGCAAAGAAAGGGCAGCAGGCGCAUCAACAGCAGCUGCUGCAGCACCAGAAGCAGUCGGCAGAGAAGGGAGAGAGCAGUCAAACACCCAUUCUAGGAGUACCACCGGGUAUUCAUCUGCAUGAUGGCCACAGCAUGCCUUCAGCACUCGCCUCUGCCCGACCCUAUGAGAGCUUUGCAGAGAAGCUGAGAGCCAUGAGUGAGAAGCAAGCCCUGCAGAAUAGCUACUCCUACCUCAGGCAGCAACUGGAAUCCCAGCCGGCCCUUCUGGCGAGCCAUGGCAUCCCUGCAGGAGCCCUUUCCCUGUCUGAAGCCGAUCGCUACCGCCUUGAGGAAGCCCAGACGACACUCGCUGCACACACUCAGCUAGCGCUCACGGAGCAGUGGGCCCAGUGGUUACACAAGCCUGUUUUCUCCUCGCCUUUCUUCAACAUCUACACUCCUCCACCCGCUGCCCUGGGAAUCGACCCCACAGGGAUGUUCUACCGCAUGGAGGACCCUAAGCAGGGUGGAAGCAGCAACAGCAGCAAAAAGCCCAGCGUUAGUGACGCCAUCAACCGCCUUGUGGAAGCCCAUCUCUACAGCUCCCUCUACAACCCUCCCUUCGGUCCUGGUGUGUCUGACCACGGUGUCCACUCCUCCAUGACCGGAGAGUCCAGCUCCAGCCAAGAAGCUGACCAAUUGGAUGACCAACGCUCCAAGCGCAGAGCUACCCCAGAGGACGGAGAGGACAGCCCUCAACCCAAAAAAGCCUUGAAAGCCUAGAGGCAAGUUGAUGAAUCAUCAAUCUUGUCCAUCAAAUAUAUCAUCAUACACCUUUCUGCUAACUAACUAGUACAGAUUGUAGUCUAGUUUUCUAUACAAAUGGAUAACGCUCAUCCAUGCUUUGGAUGUACCAUGUUGGUGGUCGAAAAUUAAAUAUAUUGGUAUUUAUUUAUUUAUGACUUUCGUGUGUUUCAGACAGUAUGGGUUAUCUUUCAUGGAAAGUGCAAAUCCUAUCUUUAUUUAUUUAGAUACAGGCAAGUGUGCAGUCCAGGUAUAUCAAUAUUAUUUCUCUUUCUUCGGAAAAUGUGAGAUGAGUAUAUAUUUUUGGUGUUGAAAUAGAUCAUGUACUUGUGCAAUUUGUGUGUGUAUAUGAUGCACUUCUUUGUAUCAUUCGAUGAAUUAUGUUAUUUAGUUGUGACCACUGUUGUUCGGUAUUGGAGAACACUCUACUACUGUAUGGAAAUCAGUUGUGUAGUUUGUGUAGUAUGUGCACCUAUCACUUUUACUUGUUCAUAUGCUUUGAUUCUCACAUUGUUGUGCUCUUUUGUGAAGACACAAAAUUAUUAAGGUUAUACUUUCAAUUUUCAAACAAAUGCUGUUAAAUCUAAAAUGGUGCAAGUCAGGUAAACUACUCUCAUAUUAAACAUUCAACUCGACAAAAAAGCAAUCGUUCUAUUUGUUUUACAGAGGUGUAGUUUGCAUAUUUGUAUUUAAUCAUAUUUCCAUAUGACAUUUAGUUAUAAGGAAGUAAGCAGUAAGUACUUCAAGUUUUUCCAGUUCAAUAUUUGCGAUAUUCUCAAAGCCUCCCCAGCAUAUCCUCGUUGAAUUUGAAGGAGAUACCAAAUCACUCUAAGCACAUGCAGUACACAUAUCUCAGACUAUUGAGAUACGCAUGAGCCUCUUCAGUGAUUUAAGUCUACUUCGUUAAGUCCACUGGAGUACCCUCCAAUCCCAAAUCUUAUUAUAAAGUGAAGCCUUGUAAGCAUUUAAAGUACUUUUGGGAACAUUGUGCAAUAUACCCUUAUUUAUGUAAUGCAUACUUGGACGAAAUAUUAUGUAACUUGCCCUUGAUUCGCGAUUGAAAUUACUCUAUAGUAAGCUUGCCCUUAUUUAUAUAUUUUAUUUAUUAAUGCUUCAUAUACUUGUCAAUUUUGUUUGGAAUUUGUUCUCAUUAAUGAAAAUAAUAUUUCAGUUAUUUUUGUGUUGUUUUUCUGUUGAUGCCCAUAAUCAAAGGAGUUGAUUAUUAUGGCACUUAAGUGUGCAUUAUUUAGAGUUGAUUUGCACUCGGCGCAUCACGGGUUAAAAGUACUUUGUGCAAUUAUGUUUCAUUGUGUUAUAACAGCUCAUAAGUCUUGUCUUUCUGCCCCAUGAUAUUGUGUUAUCAUACUCAGUGCCAUGUGCAAUUUGUAUUUAAUCUAAUAGUAUCGUUACCAUAACCAGUCAUAUUUAUUUGCCCUUUUUAUGAUACACUCUAUAGUCUGCAUCUUUUAUGUUCAAUAUUGGUUUAGAACUGUUCCUAAGUAUUCGAUCAUGUUUCAUGGAAAUGCAAAUCUUAUUCACUUCAAUGUGUGAAGUUGAAAUACUUGUUAAAAUAAUAAUAUCAUUUAUAUUUACAUACAUUGUAUUUGUUCACAGGGGUAUAUCCGCGUGUAACUUUCACUUUUUCCACGCAUGGAUGGCAAAACCCACCCAUGAGGUAACUGCACUUUUUUCAGCCACUGCAUUCACAGGCUCUUUGAGUUGGUUGAAGUCAUGGCAAUCUUUUGAUUUGCAGUGCCUUGGUCGGGGGGGGGGGGGGGCAGUUAAGGAGGUGUUCAAGCAUUUGAAGUGCCUCCACACACCCACAUUGGAUGGUUUUAUCGGAGUUGUACCCUAAUUCGGGAUCAAGACUUUGCAUCAUCCUGUUCAACAACAUUUUUAACGUCCUGCAGUAUGUAUUUUCAGACUUAUAAAGAGUUCUUUUGUUUUUCAUUCCUGAAACAAGAACAGAUACAUGCAUCAUAGAGUUGGUUCCCAGAGGCCUGUACUCUGCUGAUAUUUAAGCUGACUCUUAGUUUCAGCUCGGACUAAAGUCUAAUUAAGCAAAGGAAGUAUGAGGUAUAAGUUGUCCUUUGUUCAAUGUGAUUUAGUUGCUGUGUCAGCCGUGAAGUUCCAUUUAUAUCCCAAGAAACAAACCAAUUACCAUCAUGUUUCUUCACCCAGCCCUCGCUGAUCCCUCCCCUCCCCCCUCCCCCCCUCCCCAACAACCCAGCACCCGUCUAAUGCUCCGAUAAGUUACUUUGAGCUGGUGUUAAUUUUUCUUCUGCACAAACUCUUUGUAUGGGUUCAUUGCUGAUGAACUAGCUCAGACGACACUUAAGAGAGCUUUACCUCAAACUUAUUUGGCUUCAUCUAUAGCCUGACACUUCAAACUUGUACAUCUUCACGUAGUGAGGACGUGACUUUUGAAUGAAAAUUGGGCUUCUAAAGAUGGCAAUUAUAUUUUUUAUACAAAAAUAGCUUUAGGUUUCUUCCCCCCCCCCCCCUGUACAAUUGUUUUUCACAAAAUAACACAAGGAAGUGGAGAUCAUGAUAUCUUGAGCUAUUUUGCAGAUGUGUUUGUAUUAGAAUUGUCAUUAUUAGUAGACAAAAGUAUUAUUGUAUUGUAGGUCACUAUUUCCUUGUUGUUGUGAAACUCUUUAAAGUGUUUUUGACUAUUGUUUAUCACGUGCAAUGGUAUUUCGAACUAGUGCAAUCCGUGUGCUCACAAUUGCAAUUGUAUUGCUACUUAUUCACAUGGACUAUUUAUACUCAUAUUUGCUACUUUUUAUGAUAUCUCAAUCCUGUGUUUGAUUAUGAAACGAGAUCAGUUUGUUGAGAUUGCAUCAAAGUUCAAAUAGAAUUAAUGCAUUUUUUAUGAAGCUUUGUAACUUGAAACUAAUGGAGUUCUAAUUAGAAGCUCUCCUGAUGUUCACCCAGAAUUUGUUAUGUUGUUUUUGUCUCCUGUUUUUUUUCUUUUUUCCUCUCUGCACACUUUUUAGGGAUUCUUCAGUAGAGCAAGUUUGCCACUAAUGAUUUUAAAAUGGAUCAUGGAGAGUUUAUCUCUAGAGAUUCUUGAGAUGAAAUACGUGUUUAUUUUCUUAGACUUAACAGCAGAUGUACUCAUAGUCUACUCUAUUAAAGGAAGUAGACAUAGUUUAUUGAAAGUCAUAAGGGAAUUGAUUUAACUCUAUUUAAAAAGACAAUAGUUAUUGCCUUUCUGACUUUCAAUGGGCAAUAGGGUCAUUCACACACAAGAAAAGAGUGGGAUUUCAACUGCGAUUCAAAUCUCUUUUUAAAAUCUUUUUUAAAAGUUCACAUAUAGGAUGUAUAAAAUCAACUACCGGUAUCUUUAAUAUCUCAACUCACACAAAUUAACUGUUGGUAUUCACCAAAUAAAAGCGCUUAUGAUGCUGUUUUGGUUGAGUAUUUGAAAAUGUAUUUGCGUUUCAAAAAUCGUUUUUCAAAUCGCGCUGCUUGGUCUGUGUGUGAAUGAACCUAUGACAAUGCUAUUGUGAAGUGGACAGCAGGAAUGUGACUGAUGAAAUGUACCAUGAAUAGAAUGUGCCUCAUUAUUGUAUAGAAAUAUUGAUUAGAGAAUGAAAUCACUAUCUUGAAGGAUCGACGGGUGUCGAUUCACAUGACUUGAAAACUUGUGUUUUUAUCGGAUGAUAUAUGUAAACGUGUGAUAUUUUUCUCAGUUAUAAUGCAAAUGAAUGAAGCAUUCCUGUUUUUUCAACCAGAGAAAAUCGUUGUUUUAUAUUGUUCACAAUUUGUUUUUCUCAGCGAGAGGAAUGGUGAAAUAGAGACGGUUUGAAAUGAUGUACUUUUAGUGGUAUGUUUCGGGUAAAAAUAUUUGUGAUGUUGAUCUCUCAUUUGUAAUGUCUAAUUUUGAUAUUUGGUGUUUGGAUAAAUGUAGUGUAAAUGACUUAUAAUCAGUGCACCUGCAAUGGAGUAAAUUAAUUACAUCAAAUUUUUUGUACAUUUACCAAUGAUUUGUAAAGCUGCAGAGUUUUCACACAGAACGUGAAUAUGCAAAUUGGCUACAAGUGAUAUUUAAUGGCAUUCUUAAGAUGAAGCCAACUAGUUAGUUUCAUACAAAUUAAUGGUCAUUUCACUAAGUUUACAAUCAUCAGACUGACUUGUAUUCUAGUAUGGCUAUCUCCUCCAAACAGAGCAAGCUGCAUUUUUUGCUUGUUUUCUGGGUACCUGAUUGUAAACAUAAAAAAGGUGGAUAUUUCAAUAUUUCACAAGUAUUUUGCAAUGUAGAUAAUUGCACAGUGCCUGCACAUCAAUGUGUUACAAGCAUCUUCACAUUAUGAUUUGUAAUUCAAUGUCACGAAUGCUUUAAUCAAGAAAAAUUGACGCUGUAGAUAAAUGGGAAAGCCCCAGAAAUUAACUUUGAGAAAGGUUUGAUAAAGAAAAAAAAAUGCAAAUUUACAUGUUGCACUCGUUACUUGUUGCACAUAAUUUAAUGAAAAAGAAAAUAUGGCAAGUACUCCUUACAUUUUUGACAAAAGGAAAUUAAUGAGUAAGACAGCGAGGUAAAUUGCCCCCACCCCCAACAGAAAAAUAUAACAAGGGUUGGUUAUGGAGAGAGGUUGCACCUGUGUACUUAUAACGAUGGUGUGUAAUUUGUUUGUUUUAGUCUAUCGUAUUACAUUGCACAAAUAUUACUUCUGCCACUAUUAAGACAAAUGAUGUACCACAAUUCAAAUUAAUGUUUGUAGAAUAACAGAACAUGAAGGAUGCCUUAUUUAAGAUACAGGUAUGAGAUAUGAGAUAUCUUUUAUUUUCCAUUUUUAACCCAGUCAAAAUAAUUAUUUAAACCAUAAUUAAUUGCUGCAGAAAUUAUUCCACUGCGGUUUAUUUUAAUAGUAGGGCCCUAUAUACAAUAUUUAAAAAAGUUAAUUUGAAAUGAAAGUUAUGGAUUUUUUACCCUUCAACGUGCAAACUAGUGUGUGCUGUUCCUGUCUCCUAUGCAUUUGCAUCAAGAGUAUCACAUUUAAACAAUUUAAGUGCUGAUAUUGAUGUUUUUGAUGCCUGUGCAUAUUAUGGCCACAUAUUCAGAUCAAAAUAAUGAAUAGGAUUUGCAUAAUAUACAAAUUACAUGUAACAUCAGUUGGAAGAAACCAUGCAACAACACAUUUUUCAUACAUUUGCCUCGUAAGUAUAGGAUUGAAUUUCAAAAUAUUGCUCUGACUAUCAGUAAACUUUAAUGCGUACACGUUUGAGAUCGGUAUCAUGAACAGAAUUUGCAAAAUAUGCAAAUAAUAGAAAUAAAACUUUACUUUAUUGCCUUCAAAAUCAUGUCCCCUCUCCAUAUAAGUGUAAUGUUCUUUGAUGAUGAAGUAGAGAGAGAUAAGCAUUUUUUAUCAUCAUUGAUAUUUUUGUAUAAUGUUCAGUUUAAUUAAUGCACAUUGAUUAUUAAACACUUUGGAUAUUUGUCGAUUCUUUUUAUAAGCUGAUGGUGACCACACCAGAGAGCUUAUAUUAUAAGGAGAAUUCAUUCCAUGAUACUUCUGUAGUACAUGCACACUGGGUUGGAUGGUAUGAAGAAGGCUCAUCAAAAUUAACCGCUCUUGUUUUUAACAUGUCAUAUUUUACUCCAUUUUUUUCAUGUGUGAUUUUAUUGCAGAGUAAGUUCGGCUAUAAUUUUUAAAAUCUUCAUGUUUAAGAAACACCACCCUUAGUAGCUGAGAGUACAGUAAUCAUGCUUUUCACCUGAAAAAAGGCCUUCUGCUUUUUUAAAUGAACACUUGAAAAUAAGGAUUUUAAGAAUUAUAAAAAUUGUCUAAUUAUGUCUUUGAAUUUAUGAUAAUUUGACUUCCAUGAAACCUGAAGCUGGAAAAAUGUGUUGAAUGCUCAAAAGUCUAGGAAAACCCUUAAAGUCUUACACUUUUGAUGAAUUUGACAUUUAAACUACAUGUAAGGGUCAAUGCAUCAACGUUUACUACUCAUUUGUUGUGUGCUUAGUGAAGGUGAAAGUCCUCUCCUUGAAUUUAAGCUCUCUGGUUCACAGUAUAUAUCUGAUUCUUUUGAAUAUCACUUGACUUAAUUAUGAAAUAGUGUAAUUGUGACCUUAAAAGUGUUCAAUAGGUCAACAUUUAAUGUCACAUUUCCUUAUGAUAAAUUGACCUCUGUAGUCACAUGAUUGGAUAUCAUAUAAACUUAUCAAUGAAAUUAUGAAACAAUUAUGUUGACCUCAAACUUUGUCAAACUUUGGAAUGAAAAGGCUGAAUGCUCAUCCCAUCCUUCCUUCCCUUCCCUUACUGAGUGAGUCUUGUCAAGGCCAUAACACAUCUUAUGACCCAACUAUGACUGGAUCUGAAAUAGUAUUGUGACAGGAUUACAAAUCUCUAUACGAUAGGCUUACGAGUGAGACUGCAGCCUCCAUCAGUUUUUGAAAGUUCUGGCAAUCAUCACAUCAUAUUCAGGCAGCAAGAUGAGGUGUCUAAACAUCUUAUUUAAAAUGAUUUUUUUUUUUUAAUUAAAAAAAAAAAUCUUACUCACAAAAUUUAGAAAUGGGAAAGUCCCAGAGGAUGAUUAUUUUGGGCACUUUUGUAGAUAACCAAUUAAUUUGUGCUAACUCAGUCUACCCUCCUGUCAAUGAAUAUUCACCAUUACCGGUAUUAAUUUGCUCCAAUCAUUGUUUUUGUCACAUAAGAAGUAAACUUUGAUCCUUCUUAUCCAAUAGUUUCCUGAAGAGCAUGAUUACACUAUUUCAAGCAUUAUACAUGUGAUUUUUUUUUUAUAAAGAAUUUGUGUGGGGAGAGGUAACAUGUAUUUCCCAAUUAAUUGAAAUUCAUGCAGCGAUGUAUCAACAAGUAUUGACACUCUGAUAUAUAGUGGUGUGCAUUAAAUUUCCAGUUGUUGGUUCGUAUAUUGUUUGCACUAUAUGUAUUUAAAAAAUGUUUGUGCAUUGCCUUUCUCACAAAAUUUGUAUUUAAUAUAAUGUAAGCUUAAUACUUGAGCAGCCCCAAUCCCAUCUGUGAUAUGAUUAAAAAAAUUAGGGUUUAUAAUUGUGUUCAAUUAGAGAAAAGGUCAUAGUCAUGUAAAAUACAAAUCCUAGAAAUUGAAAUUGAAUGGUACUAUGAAUUUAAAUUAAUAUUUGAUAUCCAUUUUCUUGUAAAGUACAACUUUAUUUAAGAGAGAGAGAGAGAGGUGCAAUUUGUUUCAAUAGAUGAAUUUCAGCAUCAAUUUCUUGUAUGAAAUAUUAGUAAGGACCGUUUCAGAAAACAUCAUUUUUAAAUACUUGAUGCGCUAAUUUGACUUGAAUAUGAGAUACUUUUCUAAUAAUGAAAUCAUGAUGUAAGAAUCUGUCUAGCAUACAAGGAGUAUUCAAUUUAUUCAGUAGAAUAUAUUAUUCUGAAAUUCAAUUCUAGGAAACUUCCUUGCCAAAUAUGUGCCAUCUAAUCAUGCUUUUGAAAACGACUAUUUUCAACUCUUUUUUCAUCUCUUUUUCAAUCUGAUGCAUCUCGAACGGAAGCAUAUUUUUUUUCUACUAACCAUUUUUAAUCGUAGAUGCCGACUGUUAGGUCUAAACAAUGCAAAGAAUUAUUGCUAUAAAAGUAGAUUUUUAGUUGAUAGGGUUCUUCUUUUAGUAUCUCUCAAAAAUGUGGAUGUAUGAAUGUUCAGGAAGAUCUCACUUUUGAACACAGACACUUGUAAAACACCA